AUGGGGAAAACAAGGAAGGCUAACGGAAAGGAUAGGAGGAAGCAGGUACGAAACGGGCACUCGAGAGAGGUAUGGAUGUAUGCACGUGUAUAUGUAAGUAUGAUUUUGGAUACGUUGAGUGUUAAUGAUAUUAAUCGUGUGCCUGGAAAACGAAGAUUAAUGCAGGUUGUACGAGAGUACGGGCGAUUAUCACAAGGAAUAGAGAUAGAAGACCGAGUCACAAGACGAGAGUGGGAGAGAGACGAUGAGAAUGAAGAUGGCGGGAGGCAUCUGCUUCCAUGCGCGGUUGCCAUUGCACCCUCCUAUUAUUCAACCACACCCGCCAGUACAAGGUUUCGUAACGGUAUUCGAUGCUCGAAGACAAAAGAGACGCCACAAAUCUUGAAAUUUGUUGUUAGCGGAGCUACAGAGAUCCUAAGGCUCUUUUCUUCCUUCAACAAAAACGAAUUGAAUGAAGUGAUUCCCGAACAGAAGUAUGAAACCGAUGCUACUUGCUUUGAUGAUGUUAUGAUAAUAUUGAAGUCAGAUUAUGACAACGCUUAUUUUGUUACAGGAAAUUUUACUUCUGGAAUUUACGCAGAAGAUUGUAUAUUUGAAGAUCCAACCAUUAGAUUCAGUGGCAGGGAUUUGUACUCUCGCAACUUAAAAUUGCUCGUACCUUUCUUUGACCAUCCCUCAAUCUCAUUGCAAGGCAUUACAAAGGUAUUGAGUGGUGAGACAGAGUCUGUAAAGGCGACAUGGAAACUAAGGACUUAUCUUAAACUACCUUGGAGGCCUCUUAUUUCCGUUGAUGGGACUACGGUCUAUGAUUUGGACAAUCAGUUUAGAAUUGUUAAACAUGUAGAAAGUUGGAGUGUUUCCCCUUUAGAAGCAAUUGGCCAGAUAUUCACACCUAGCUCCGGCCGCUCCAUUUGAUUUGGUAAAUAUCCUUAAGGGGAAAGUUAGUUAUAGCUAGUUACAUCAUCCUAUCAUUUAUGAUGGUUAUAUUAUAUAUCCGUUACAAUUGAGUAGUUGAAGUUACAUCAUUGUAGGGGUUACCUGGUUACUGUAAAACUGCCUUAGAAAUGUCAAAUACCUUAGAUUGGUUACAUACACUUACUAUUCCAUGACUACUUAACAUGUAUGCUACCGACGGGCAAAUUUGGCCAAUGUAUUUUGAUUGAAGACAAUCUGUGCUGACUUGUGGCUAACUGACAGUCCGGCUUUAUUAAAGAGGGUUGGUGCUAAGAGUUUA